AUGCCUACAUCUCAGGCCUACCUUUUAACGAGGGGAGCUGCAACCCCUCUUUCAAGCCCUAUCUAUGGACCAGGACUUGGCUAUGGUGUAAUUAGGACAGACUUGGAAACCUUGUUCUCUUUGUACAACUGUUUUUUAGGUGUGGCCUUUGUAGCAUCUCCUAAUAACUGUUUUUGUUUUUUAUUUAUUUUAGUGCCCAUUUAUGUUCCAUUCCUUAUAGUUGGAUCUGUUUUUGUUGCCUUUAUCAUCUUGGGAUCUCUAGUAGCAGCUUGUUGCUGCAGAUGCCUGCGACCCAAGCAGGAGCCACAGCAGAGCCGAGCACCUGGAGGUAAUCGGCUGAUGGAGACUAUUCCCAUGAUUCCAAGUGCUAGUACCUCCCGUGGUUCAUCUUCUCGUCAAUCAAGUACAGCUGCCAGCUCCAGUUCCAGUGCCAAUUCAGGUGCCAGAGCCCCCCCUACUAGGUCACAGACCAACUGCUGUUUGCCAGAAGGGACCAUGAAUAAUGUCUAUGUCAACAUGCCUACUAACUUCUCAGUACUGAACUGCCAGCAGGCUACCCAGAUUGUGCCACAUCAAGGGCAGUAUUUGCACCCACAGUAUGUAGGUUAUGCUGUCCAACAUGACUCUAUGCCUAUGACCCCGGUGCCACCUUUCCUGGAUGGUCUUCAAAGUGGAUACAGACAGAUUCAGUCUCCCUAUCCCCAUGCCAAUAGUGAACAGAAGAUGUACCCAGCGGUGACUGUGUAAUUUUAAAAAUCACAUUUUAGCACCUAAGCCAAGCAAAGGAGAAAUACUUUUGGAAUGAAGCUUGUAGAACCUCAUUUGUAAAUAAUUUUGAAAGACUCAUGCAUGUCAGACAGUGUUUAUAAACAAUUUCUUUACAUUGGAUUUAGUUGCCAAAAACUGUGACAAUAUCUUUGCAUUUCCAGAUAUGCUUCCAUUCCAGUUCAUGAUCAACAAAGGAUUUAAUAUAACUCUGUAUGUGCGAUAAAUGCCUGAGCCACUAAGUGCCUUCCAGGUAUGGCACAGUCAAAAGCAUUUGUCUGCUUCACAGAGUUUUCGUAUACCAUACAAGAUCGUGGUACUUACGAAACCUCUGUUCUCUCUUCAGACUUCUUUACAACAUUUAAUAUUUCUUUACAGACAAUCACAUUGUCUAUGGAAGACUAAACUGUGCAAUCAUUGUAAGAUAGAAAUUUGCUACCAAGUCCUGUGAUUUCUUAAUCCACUUUAGUUUUAAAGUGGGAUGAUGUGGUGUUCUUAGUUUUUCACAAGAUUAUUUUCUUUGUCCUUUAUAUUUAUGUAGGAAUUAGAAAUGUACAAAAAUUCAGCUCUAACUUCCCGUGCACAUGGACUCAUACUCUAUUUGAAUUUGACUCUUGUUCAGGAACCAAUAGGGGUUUGCACAAUCUUUGUUUAUCUCAGUGAACUUUAAUAAAAACAGAUAUGAGAUUCUUGCUUUGAUCAAAAUCUUUGAUACUGCUGUUGUCUUGUGCAUUUCAAGUUUGAACUGUGCUUGCAGAGAAAAGUAUUGUAGUAUCUUCAAAUAUGGCUACUAAUCCCACUUCCUGUAAAA